AUGACGGAUGUACAUAUUACCACCCGCCAGGCUUUUCGCAGGACGGACGACUAUACGCCCGGCACGCCAAAGGUCCAGCUUGUCACCGAACCGCUGCCACUUCCUCUGACCCCAAGCUCCGUCUUGAUCAAAGUUCAUGCCGUCUCUCUCAAUUAUAGAGACGCCAACAUUGCAAACGGAGGUAACCCGUGGCCAGUAGUGCCACAUGGUAUACUGUGUAAUGACGCAGCUGGAGAGGUUAUUGCGGUUGGCGAAAAUGUCAAGUCCCUCGCUCCAGGCGAUCGGGUGGCCCCGAUAACCGACACGGAAAACAUCACCGGGCGAGAGGCAAGCAGGUCUUGGCUGGCAGCGGAUGAGGAUGGAGUCCUAGCGGACUACCUAGUCUUUGACGAAAGCAAGCUCUGCAAGCUCCCAAGCUAUUUAGACUGGGUGGGCGCCAGCAUAAUUCCCUGCGCUGGAGUUACUGCAUGGACGGCGCUGAAGGACAUGACUAUUGGACAAAGCGUGCUCAUCCAAGGAACUGGGGGCGUCAGCAUGUUCGCACUCAAACUUGCCCGUGCUGCGGGUCUCAAGGUAAUCUUGAGCUCCUCAAGCGAAGGGAAACUCCAGAAGAUGAGGGAGCAAUUCCCAAGUCCACCUCUCCUCACCGUGAACUACGCUCAGAACUCUGAAUGGCACGAGGAAGUUCUAAAGCUGACGGAUGGGGCUGGUGUUGACUUGGUCAUUGAAGUCGGGGGCUGUCAGUCGGGAGUUAACGCCGGAUCGAAACAUGAUAUGGACGACCUCUGUUCUGCGUUGACGGCCACGCAGAUCAGAUUCGACGAUAUAAUCGACUCCGUGGAGCCAUUUGAGAAGGCUGAUGAAGCAAUCGAGUACAUUUGGCAGGGUAGACAGAUCGGAAAACUUGUCCUUCGUCUUGAAUAG